AUUCUAAAAAGCCCUAUUGUUUUGUUCUUCUCUCUCAGCCCCAACUGCUCAAAAGAGAAAAUACCCCCACGACUUCCAUCUCGCCACUCACACCGCCUCCUCCACUCAGUUCCGUUAACAGUGUGAACCUUUUCCAAUCUAUAAAAAUUAGUGGCAACUAGAACAAAGACGCAAAAAUGGGGAUCAUUGAGAAGAUCAAAGAAAUCGAGGCUGAGAUGGCCCGUACCCAGAAAAAUAAAGCCACAGAGUAUCAUCUUGGUCAGCUCAAGGCAAAGAUAGCAAAGCUAAGGACACAACUAUUGGAGCCUCCUAAAGGUUCUAGUGGAGCUGGAGAUGGUUUUGAAGUUACAAAAUUUGGCCAUGGACGUGUCGCGCUAAUUGGAUUUCCAAGUGUGGGGAAGUCAACACUUUUAACAAUGUUAACGGGAACACAUUCAGAAGCUGCAUCAUAUGAGUUCACAACACUUACCUGUAUUCCUGGGAUUAUACAUUAUAACGAUACCAAAAUUCAACUGCUUGACCUCCCUGGAAUUAUUGAAGGCGCUUCUGAAGGCAAGGGACGUGGAAGACAGGUUAUUGCUGUUUCCAAGUCUUCAGACAUUGUAUUGAUGGUUCUUGAUGCCUCAAAAAGUGAGGGUCAUCGACAAAUAUUAACCAGGGAACUAGAAGCUGUAGGUUUGCGCUUAAACAAGAGACCGCCUCAAAUUUAUUUCAAGAAGAAAAAAACAGGGGGCAUCUCUUUCAACAGCACUUUGCCUCUAACUCAUGUAGAUGAGAAGCUUUGUUAUCAGAUUCUACAUGAAUACAAAAUUCACAAUGCAGAGGUGCUAUUCCGUGAGGAUGCAACAGUGGAUGAUCUAAUAGAUGUGAUCGAGGGUAAUCGUAAAUACAUGAAGUGCAUAUAUGUCUAUAACAAGAUAGAUGUUAUAGGUAUUGAUGACGUGGACAAGUUAGCUCGCCAGCCAAACUCUGUUGUCAUUAGCUGCAAUUUAAAGCUCAAUUUUGACAGACUACUAGCAAAAAUGUGGGAAGCAAUGGGGCUUGUGAGAGUCUACACAAAACCACAAGGCCAGCAACCUGAUUUUAGUGAUCCUGUAGUUCUUUCAGCUGAUAGAGGUGGGUGCACGGUUGAAGACUUCUGCAAUCACAUACACAGAAAUUUAAUUAAGGAUGUGAAAUAUGUGCUUGUGUGGGGUACAAGCGCAAGGCACUACCCGCAGCACUGUGGCCUUGGUCAUGUUCUCCAAGAUGAGGAUGUAGUUCAGAUUGUUAAGAAAAAGGAAAGGGAAGAUGGAGGAGGAAGGGGUCGGUUCAAAUCACAUUCAACAGCUCCUGCCCGCAUAUCUGACAGAGAGAAGAAAGCUCCAUUGAAGACAUAAGAACAUCAGCUGCUUGGCAUUAUGCUACUACAAAUCUUUUGAGUUGUGAAUUCAGCAAUAUUAUUAACUCAAUAGCACAAUGUGUCAAUACUUAACUAUGGGACAUUAGCUAAACAUAUUAUCCCUUUCCUUUCCUUUCCUUUUGUUUUGUUUUUUUGAUUGCAUAUCGUUGUUUCAACAUUAUUAUUAUUUAGGGCAUGGAAGAACUAGAGUCUUGGAUGUA